UGCCGCCGCGGCGCGGGUUCAGGUCCGCGGGGCUGGGGCUCCGCUGGGAAGCGUUGGGUCCGGCGCAGGACGGCGGCGCGGCGCGGCGCACACUCAUGAGGAACAGGAAGCUCACAGGUGGAGUGCGGUCUUCAGCACGCCUGAGAGCCCGGAGUUGUUCUGCAGCCAGCUUGGCCUCUGCACAGGACGUCGUUGGCUCCAACUCUGCCAAGACAGCAUGUCUGAUCACCUCAUCACACAAGGCCCUAGACAGAAGAACUUCCAAGAAGUUCAAGUAUGACAAAGGACAUCUUGUGAAGGCCAAACUGCAGAAGCUAGUGCCUAAAAGGGACGGCACUUUGCCUAAAGGGGCCCCCAAGGCCCCUCAAGAGAGCGAAUGUGCAGAAGGCGGCGUGGUGCUCCCCACUGGUGAGACAGCUGUCCUCCCCCAGCAGGAAGCUGCAGCUCCUGUCCACAGCCCCAGCCCAGCCGCGAGCGACACUCACUCCACAAAGACUGAAGAUAGCCUGGCCACCCGGGAGCCCAGCCCCGGUGCUGGCACGGCGGCGGAGGCCUGCGGCGGUGCUGGCAGGCAGGCCCGGUCAGCACCCGAGGUGGAGGAGGCGCGGGCACCGCUGCUUCAGAUGGACAACAGUGCGUUUCAGGAUGAAGACAGCAACCAGCCCAUGCCAGUGAGCCGGUUCUUCGGGAACGUUGAGCUCAUGCAGGACCUGCCACCAGCCUCUUCAGCUUGUCCUUCAAUGAGUAGACGAGAAUUCAGAAAAAUGCAUUUCAGAGCCAAAGACGAUGAGGACGAGGACGAAGUAGAAAUGUAGGGAGCACAGCAGUGACUUCGUUGCAUACUUGGUACAACUGAGGAUUCCAGGAUGUAGGAAUUUGUAACAUUUUUAUAAAAUCUAUCUGCAAGACAGUGUGUUCUUAAUGGGACUUGAAAAUUGAUGCCUAGAAGUACAGCACGCAGAGCAGGGUGCCUGAGGUUUCCUUGCGGGUGAGGGCGGGGCUGGGCCUCCGGUGAGAGCGAACUUCGCCUGAGCUCAUUGAUUUUGACAGUGUACAAAGUUUGUGUCUGCUAUCAAAGUCUGAUCAUUCUUGAGACCAACUUAAAGCCAGCUCUUAAAGGACUCUCCUCUCCUUCUGAAUGUGAAGCUAAUACUUACCUUGAAAAAUUUUUGCAAGAGAUAUAUGGGGAAGAAAUAAAAUAUAUUUUG